GGAUACUUAUCCCAGUCAAGAUUCAGCUCCAUUGAAUCAUUCAUCACAAACAUGAGCAAUUCAUUUUAGAAAAUCACUUGGUCUGUAAAUAUUCAACAGAGCAUAUAUACAGUGUUUAUUUUCCAUUGGUGUAUGUUUUGUUGUUGUUGUUGUACUGUGUACUGUUGUUGUACUGUAUCACUGCACUGAACAAGCACGUUGUUCAGUGAUGCCUUGCAAUAAUGCUGACAGGAUUUGAGUUGAAUGAAAACCAUAACAUCUCUGAUUGAAUACAUGCCAUAUAUCUGUCAGAAACCUGAUUAAAGCAGAAUCCAUAAUCGGUAUUUUAUUCUAGUUGGUUACUUUUUUGUUUCGUGUGUGUGUCUGGUUGGAAUGUAAUAUUUUUUCUGAUGCAGAUUUGACACUGAACGUAUAAUGCACAGACUAUUCAAACACAAUCUAUUUUUUUACAGGGUGUUCAGUACUUAAGCAUAUGCAACCCAGCUGGACAUAUGACUUAUAAUUAAUAAUAUAGCUUUGAAAGCCAUUUUCAAAUAAGAUCUGAAAUGGUAUUCUACAAUAAUUAAAGUAGGCUUUUCAACUGCGAAGAUGUGUGUCUCUACAUUCACCACGUGGGGGCGACAACUGAUAAUGGUCGUAGAAGUACUACUGCCGUACAAGGUUCUCCUCUAAACCGGAAGUGUGAAGUUAUUUUGCGUGUACGCUCCACAGCCAGCGACAGAGGCUAAUAAACACGUCAAAACGAUGAAGGCAAUUAUUCAAAGAGUCACCCAGGCCAGCGUGACUGUUGGGGAGCAGCAGAUAAGUUCGAUAGGGCGAGGACUGUGCGUGCUCCUGGGGAUUUCCACCGAGGACACGCAGAAGGAUGUUGACUACAUGGUGCGUAAGAUCCUGAGCUUGCGCGUGUUCGAGGACGAGGCCGGGCGGCCGUGGGCCAAGAGUGUGGUGGACCGGGAGCUGGAGGUGCUGUGCGUGAGCCAGUUCACGCUGCAGUGCGUGCUCAAGGGCAACAAGCCCGACUUCCACCGGGCCAUGCCGGCCGAGCUCGCCCAGCCCUUCUACAGCGCCAUGCUGGAGCGCAUGAGGGAGGCCUACACGCCCGAGCGCAUCAAAGAUGGUCAGUUUGGGGCGUACAUGCAGGUCCACAUCCAGAAUGACGGCCCUGUCACCAUAGAGCUGGACUCUCCUUCUGCCCCCUCUGACCCCAAACAGUUGGCCAAGCAGGAGAAGCAGCAGCAGCGGAAGGAGAAGACACGAACCAAGGGGGCGUCCGAGUCGGCCAGGGAGAAGGCCGCCUCGCGGGCCCGCCAGGACCCCAGCGCCAGCAGCGGCGCCGAGGGCGACGUGUCGUCCGAGAGGGAUCCCUAGGAGAACCCAGAACUGACCCGCAGCGAGGCCACACCAUCCUUUUCCUCCUCCUCUCCUCUCCACACACACACGUACACAAAACACACACACAUACACACGCGUACACACACACACAC